CGCGACGCUGCCCGCCGGACCGACGAUCACGAGCGGCGCUGUGUCCGUGCAGUGCAACCGUGCGGGCGGCCGCGUGCUGCAGAGCAGCGGCGACUACCGCUUGGCCGGCCUGCCCUCCGUGAGCGUGGUGCCGUGCGACGGCUGUGCGGCAGCGCUGGCGUGCUUCGAUGCGCUGACGGCGUCGUUCACCGACUGCGUGUGCAGCUGCCGCGCCGGCGGUGUGGGCGACGCGUGCCUGCCGUUCGACGUGCCGCCUGCGAGGGCCGGCGGUGGUGGCGGUGGGCAGGACUGCGUGAGUGGCGUGACGCUGACGGAGUCCGUGACGGUUGGCGGCGGGCAGGCGACGGCGUGCUUCGACUCGGUGGUGUUCAGCGGACCGAUCACUGUGGCGGUGGACCUGCGCUCGAUGGAUGCGUUCGCUGACACGCUGAACGUGACGCUGCGCCACUGCGUGCUUGCGGGCGGCGCGCAGCUGCGGAUUGGCGGCCUCAGCGAGAGCACGGCGCACCUGAUGCCCCACGCCCUAGUCAACAUGACGAAUGUGACGUCGCUGGAGGGCACGAUUGUGCUGCAUGGCGCGAUGCCGCUGAACUCGAGUGUGCUGCUGGCGAACUCGACGCUGCGUGCGACGGUUGACGGGUCGCAGUACGUGCCGACGACCCCUGGCCACGAGAAAUCCCGGUACGGCCCCGCGCUUGUCCUGGACGGCGUCCGUCUUCUGUCGACACGGUUUGUCAUGACGCGGUCGACGCUGGUGUGUGGCGGGGGUUCGUGCGCUGCGAUCCUUGUGGAGCGCGGCCUCGGUGUGAACCUGUCCAGCGUCUUCUACAUGGACAACUGCGCCGUCAAUUCGCAGACGCACGUGAUGUACGCCCUUGCGUCGGGCCUGCGUGUUUUCGGCGGCUCCGUGUUCUCCAUACAGAACAGCUUGUGGAGUGCGCCGAGCACCGAGUACUACAAAGGCGCGUUUGUGUUUGGGGACGUUGCGGUGGAUGGCGGCAGCGUGCUGCAGAUUGUGUCCAGCACGUUCCGUCUCGGCUUCGCCAUGCUCAUGGCAACCACGCUGACUGUGACUGGCGGCAGCUGGCUGGUGCACCGCGACAACGAGUUCCGCACCGUCUACGUUGUGUACGUGUCUAGAUACGACGGCGUGGCGUUCCGCGAUCGGAGUGUGUGGUCGAUACUUUACAACGACUUUGGGUACGGCUUCUAUUCGCCGAUCACUGCAUACAUGACAAGCGGGUGGUCACCAACAUCCGACUCGCGCCCCAUCAUCUACGGCACGUGCAACGAGAUAAAGGGGUCUCCCGUGAAGAAUUACAGAAGUGAGCUCAAUAUUGUGGCGCCCGUGACGGCAUUGGACUGUGGCACGUGUACCGUGGGCGCCGUGUGCUUUGCAGCGAGGACGAGCAGCGUCAGCGGCUGUGGGUGUGUGUGCGCUGCUGGCGGAUACGGUGACACGUGUCUGCCAGCUGCGGUUCCGGACGGCCUUGGGCCGCUCCCGCUCCCCGAUGCGAACGAUACUGAGGUCCGCUGCGUGCACGGUGGCAGCAUCAGCUCCGUGGACUAUCCUGAUCCCGGUGUGCGUGGUCUGUGCUUUGUCAACGUGACCUUCACCGCCGCGAUUGUGCUGGACCUGUGGAGCUUCGACGCGCCAGGAAAGACACUCAACAUCACGCUACUGCAGUGCGUCCUCAUGGGCUUUUCGAUCAAGGGGAGUGGUGCGCGCGUGCACGUGAGCGUGACAUCCUCGAUGCUGGAUUCUGGUGCAUUGGAGUUUGAGGAUGAUUUUGGCGCGAGUUCCCAGAUACUGGUGGCAGGCAGUAAGCUCUUGUCAACGUCGAGCCAUGCCAUUCAAUUUCCAAGUUUUAAUUUGGGUGCGAACUCGACGCUGCUCCUGCUCGACAACAACAUGGAGGGGGAUACUUACGCAGUUCAUUUCCCCGAUGCUGUUGUUGUUGAUGGUAGUGGGAUCAUUAUUAAGGGAAAUAUGCUGAAGUCAAUAAAGAGGGGUUACAGCUCGGAGUCUGCCGUUUAUUAUAACGAUGUUGAUUUGAAGAACGGCGGCUACAUUGACGUCGAGAACAACACGAUUAGCGCAUCCAUCGGCAUCUUUUUUCUCGGGGAUACUACUGUGAGCUCCGCGGGGCUGCUGAGGGUGGCGGACUGCACCUUCACUGGCAGCACGGAGGCAAUCAAUUCUGCUCUGGUGCAGUUGUACGACUCGGUUGCUCUUCAGGGUGGUGCGCAGUGGCGUGUGGAGGGCAACAACGUGAGCGCAGCCUCAGUAUUGAGUAUGCCGUUUUCCUGGUACAGUAUUGAACUAUCGGGCAGCGGCACCACCGUGUCGCUUGCACACAACCGUCAGGCGGACUCGAGUAAAGCCUUUGCGAAAAUUACUUCAUCGGGUUUGAUUGUGACGUCACCCGCGCAGUUUGUGGUGGGGUGCAACAUGCAGGGCGAGAGGGAGGUGUCGUACGACGGCGUGUUUCCGGAGAAAGUGGUGGUGUUCGGGUGCGGCACAUGCAACGACGACGCGGCGUGCUACAUGCCCGGGACGGAGUCGGUGGACCGCAGCUCGUGCUCGUGCAGUUGCAAGAGCGGAUGGCGUGGCGCGUCGUGUCUUCCCUUCGGGGUGCCCGACACGGUUGUGCCGCCCUUGCCGGAGAGAGCCGUGGACGGCGACACGAGCUGCGUGGUGAACCAGACGCUGACGAGCCUCGCGCUGAACAUGUGGAAGACGCACCACUGCUACGUGGGUGUGACAUUCAGCGGCGUGGGUGCUGCGUUGACAUUUUCCUUCAACAGUAUGCCGCUGCAUCUCCCCAUCAACAUCACGCUCACUGGGUGCACAUUCCGUGACGGAGCCGCGCUGCAGUUUGUUGGGGGCACUGAGGUGGCCGAGUCGGCCGGCGUCCUUAUCCGCGUGAGCCAGACGGUGAUGCGGUCCUCCGUUGUUCUAUUUAGACGUGUCCUCCCGCAGCACUGCGACAUCGCCGUCACUGAAGUCGACGCGGUGCAGUUGCCGAAUUCUGUGAACUACAUGUUGAGCGUCGUGAAGCUGGACGACGUUGCGUUGAGUGCGUCCUCGCUGUUGGUCAGCAACGUCAAGGCGCGUGCUUUGGGUUACAGUGGGUAUGGUUUGUACUCGACCGGGACGCUGACGCUGGUGGGCGGCAGCUCGCUGUACACGCGGUACUGCAGCUUUGAUAAAUACACACACAUGUUGUACAUGUAUAGGCUCAUUGCCAGUGAUCGCUCCGUUUUUGCGCUGCUCAACAAUACGAUGGCCUCCGGGACAAGUUUCCUGUACCAGUACCACGACCUCACCGUGUCGAAUCACAGCGUGGUGCGCGUGGUGGGGAACAGCGGCUCCGUGUCCUACGCCGUUUUUUUGUCUGAUUCUUGGACCGUCCGGAAUUCAAGCUGGCUGGAUUGGCGCGACAACGACGUGGGAGUGGGUGCGAUGUUCUACUACUUUUCCUUUGGCGGUUCUGUGAACAUCGAUGGCAGCAGUGUGGUGACGCUGACGGGCUGCAGGAUGGGCUCAACGGGGUUGUAUAAGUCUCCGCUGUCGCGGAUUGACGCCGGCUACGGGUUCGUUGCCGGAUGUCUGACGGUUGCGGGCCGGGUGCUGACGACGGCGGCUGAACUGGAGCUGAAUGGCAUCACCAACGUGACGACGGUUGCUGCGUGCGGGGAGUGCACGAGGGACGGCGACUGCUUUGCUCCGCUGACGACGGCGGUCAGCGACUGCAAGUGCCAGUGCGCUGCUGGAGGGCACGGCGAUGUGUGCGUCCCGGCGCCUGUGCCUGCUGGUCCGCCACCACCGCCACCGCCGCCCGCACCACCGUCACCGCCGCCGAUUGGUGAGUGCAUCAGCGACAUGGUGUACCCCGAGGUUGCGCAGGCAGUGGGCAGCGGGCUGUCGUGGCUGUGCUACCGCAACGUGACGUUCAGCGGGGGUGGCAUGAUCCUGACGGUGCUGAUUGGGGGGAUGACGGGCGACGUGGCGAACAUCACGUUUGAUGGAUGCACGUGGAGGGACGGCGCUGUACUGUUGCUGGCGGGCGACGCGCACGCCGCUGUGGAAUCGCUGAACGUUUUUGUCACCGGCAACACGUUCGAUGACGCGCUUCUUAGCCCGGAGGGUGAUUUUCCACCGCACACGAACAUCACCAUCAGCGGGAACCGCUUCAAGGUCACGAGGCUGAUCUCUCGGUCGGGCUUGGACAUUAGAAGGCCGUCGUGUGUAGCGAUGAAUGAGCUGGUGGUCAGCAAUGACUCCGCGGUGGUGCUCAGUGGCAAUGUGUUUCAGAGCGUGACGACAUCGUCAAGUGCCAUUUACGUUGUUGGAUCUGUGCUGAGGGUGUCGUGGCACUCCCUGUUUGCGGUGGUGGGCAACACGUUUCAUAUGGACGACGGUGGCGCUACGGUGAUAUAUCUUGGAGGGUCUUUCCAAUCCUCGUCGCUGGAUGUACUGAACAACUCCGCCGUGGUGAUCCGAGACAACGUUGCGUCGAGGCCGGUGAGGUACUUCAUUUUAUUUUUCUGGGCAUUACGUGUGGAGUCCUGGUCAGCGGUUGUGUUUCAGGGCAAUGACAUGCAGGGAAGCUUGAAUGUGUUCUUCACCAACUACUACACCUAUGUCUACUACAACUCCUGGCUGCAGUUGAGCGGCAACCUCUGCCGUGAAUCCCCAUCGGAUGCCUUUGCCUAUGCAUACCCCAGGGUAAAUCUACGGAACUCCACGGUGUCUGUGUCCGGCAACAAAUUCAUUUCCAGCACGGGCACGCCGAAGGUGCUUUGGAUAUUAUUAGGGUCCAGCGAUCUCACAAACGGAACGGUUGUGGCCGCGUGCAACACAGUGAAUGACAAGGAGGGGGCGAGAUACAGUAUUCCGUCUGCGUACAAUGCGACCAUUCUGAACUGCAGCGACCCAUGCACCCUCGCGGCGUCGUGCUUCCCCGCGUACACGGCGACGGUGUCGAGUGAUGGCUGCGCUUGCAGGUGCGCUGAGGGCGGCCACGGCAAUGCGUGUUUGCCCGUCGCUGUUCCCGAGCCACCGAGCACUGACGGCGCCGACUCGUGCGUACAGGACGUGCGUGUGGAUGUGGAGGUGAACGCCGGUUUCGGGACGUCGGUGGUGUGCUACGUUGGUGUGACCUUUGCGGCGGACGUCGUGGUGGACGUGGAGUCGAUGUCGGGGAGCGCGCGCAACGUGACGCUGGUGAACUGCACUU